AUGGUUUGUGACCGUCGGGACCUUUUCAAUACGGUUUAUGCCGUCGACCGAUCGGCUCAGUUUAAAGCCGAAGCCAAUGCGAUCCAACAGAAGUAUUUGAAGAGGAAUAAGGAGAUUGGUUCGUUUUGAUGAUUUUUUGAAGAAUUUUCGAAAGGUUACGGGGCCUUUGAGGAUGUUUAAUGAACCGAAAAAAUUCUUGGUUCGGUCUUAGGAGUUCCAGAGUGGUCCCUAUAGGGGUUUUCAACUGAAUUUGGCAACCUUUAGGGGCCCCUAUAGCGAUAAGUAGAGUUUGCCCUAGAGAUGACCCUCCAAGGACCCCUAUAGGGACCACUCUGAGGACGUUAAAAAAAAUGAGAAAAUCGAAAUUUGAAUAAAGCCGCUUCAAAUUUGAGUCUUUUAUCGAUUAUUUUUCCGAUUAGUUGGAAGAAAAUAAUUAGAAUGGCUGCGGGAGAUAAGCGAUAUCGCUGGAGAUACAUUGACAAAAUUUGCUGUUUUGUCGCUGCAUCGAAUUCUCAGCGCGAUAUCGCAGUUUUUUGGAACGAAUUCACAUUUUUCUAAUAAUUUGUUUGAGUGCGUAAAAAGGGAGAGAGAAAUGCGAUGUCGCGCCGAGGAAAGAUCGAAAAAGCGCGAUGUCGCGCCAAGGAAAGAGCGAACCCGGAGCAGCACUUUCUCCAGGUUUCGAUGUAUCGCCAGCGAUAUCGCGCGAAGAUAUUUUUCCCCGAAAUUGGCUGUUUUUUUUCCUAACCGCUUUAGGGACCACUGUGAAGUUCCUAAGUCAUAACUAUAGAAUUUCUAAUCGACAUAAUAGCAGAUUUCUAAUCCUUUUAUGGAAAACCAGUCUUGUUUUUCGUGAGAAUUUCGUUUAAAAACAAAAAAAAAGUGUCCCAAAAGAUCGUUUAAAAGGCUCAGAAGAUUUUCCUGAAAGGCCAAAAAAAAAUUUUCAGCAAAACCCAGGCCUUCGGAAAGGCCGUCCGCCGCUUAUGUAAGCAUUUCGGCCGCCGCGAAACCCCUCGCCAAGGAUCUUUUCGAUUUCAGAAAGGUGGCAUAAAAGAAUUGAUUUAGAUUAGCUUGAUUUCCAGUUGAUCGAUGAAAAAAGUCGGGAUUACAUUUUUACGGCGCCCCCUUACUCGGAAAUGUCCCAAGAGGAACGCGAGGAUUUCGACGAGGAGCUGAAAAUUGUUGGUUUCAUGAUGAUUUUUUGAGGAUUUGAAAUUGAUUAGUUUGACUAUUUAAAUUUUUUAUCAAUAUUUUAGAAACCCGGAAAUUUGAUUAGGCAUGAAUUUUUAUGAGUGAGAAGGUUCUUUUCGUGAAUUUUGAGCUAAUUUUGAUGUUUUUUAGUGGGUUCGGUGCGGGAAAUGGAUAUAUUUAGCUGUUAAAAUCAUGUAUCGUUAUUUCAGAAAAACGAAAAACGAUCAAUAUAUCUUAAAAAUUGAUUGAGUAGGAAUUUUGAGGAGUGAGGAGAUUUUUUUGACGAUUUGAAGGUUUUUUUCGUGAAUUUUGAGCUAAUUUUGAUGUUUUUUAGUGGGUUCGGUGCGGGAAAUGGAUAUAUUUAGCUGUUAAAAUCAUGUAUCGUUAUUUCAGAAAAACGAAAAACGAUCAAUAUAUCUUAAAAAUUGAUUGAGUAUGAAUUUUGAUAAGUGAGAAGGUUUUUUUGACGAUUUGAAGGACUUUUUUGAGAAUUUCGAAUCAAUUUUGAUGGUUUUUAAUGAAUUCGGUGCGGAAAAUAGAUAUAUUUGACUGUUAAAAUCAUGUAUCGUUAUUUUAGAAACACGAAAAACCAUCUAUAUAUCCUUAACUUUGAUUAAGUAUGAAUUUUGAGGAGUGAGAAGGUUUUUUUGACGAUUUAAAGGCUUUUUUCGUGAAUUUCGGAUCAAUUUUAAUGAUUUUCAAUGGAUUUGAUGUGGGAAAUUGAUUAAUUUACCUGUUCAAAUUAUUUAUUGUUAUUUUAAAAAAACACUAAAAUUUGAUUAAGCAUGAAUUUGUAUGAGUGAGAAGAUUUUUUUGACGAUUUGAAGGCCUGUUUUGUGAAUUUCGAAUCAAUUUUGAUGAUUUUUAACGAAUUUGGUGCGGGAAAUUGAUAUUUUGACUGCUAAAAUCAUGUAUGGUUGUUUGUAAAAUUCAAAAUAAAAACGCGAAAAACGACCAAUAUACUUUGAAAAUUCGAUUGAGUAUGAAGUUUGAUGAAUGAGAAGGUUUUUUUGACGAUUUGAAGGCCUUUUUGUGAAUUUCGAGUUAAUUUCGAAUCAAUUUCGAUGAUUUUUUUAAUGAAUUCGGUGCGGGAAACGGAUAUAUUUGACUAUAAAGUCCAUCUUUGUUUUUGAGAGAGAAAAUGUUGAUUUAAUAUAAUUUUUUUACCGGUUUCAAACUUUUUUGAGAAGAUUUUUUUGACGAUUUGAAGGCCUUUUUUUCUUGGAUUUGAUCGAAAAUAUUGAUUUUAUUGAGAAAAAAAUGAUUUCAGCUGUCUUUUUGUAAAGAAUUUAUGUCGUUUUUUUCAACUAAAAAAAACUUUUUUUGAUGGUUUUUUUAGUCUUUUUGAACACAUUUUUGAAUAAGGCUUCAAAAUUAAAGCUCCCAAAAAAAUCUUAUACAUUAAUUUUUUCUCAAAAUGAAAGAUUUUUAGAAGAAAUUAAUGUUACAAGUUUACAAGGAUUGAUUCAAUUCAAGAAUUUGCCACUUUUUGAAUUACGCUUCAAAAAAAUGACAGUAACAGUCCUUGAAUGAUUCCAUAUAUAUUUUUCGACGAAAAUGAACAUUUUUAAAAGAAGAAAUUUUACAAGUUCACAGGGCCUGAUCCAAUUCGAGACGUUGAUCCAAUCGCUGGCCGUCCGGCUCUCCAACACGGACGCCCUGAAAAACUCGACGGAAAGGACACAAUUGACCCGGGUUGUGGAGAUGCUGCAGGCGUAUCUCAAGGACACGGCCGAUUUUGUCGCUCUCUUGAAGUUGGUCAUGAAAAUUAAAGUACAGCGGAAAAUUCUGAGUCGACAAUAAUGUUAUAGCUGAUUCACGGCUGGCUUGAGCCAUCGAGAAAAGGGUCCUGUCACGAAAAGAGACGAGACAGUGCCCUGGUUGGUGGAGAGUGCAGACAGGCCACGCCUUUUUGCGUCCCAACUAGCCGUGAAUCGUCUAUAACCUAUUAUAAUAACCAAAAAUAGCAUCAAAAAUCCAAAAAUUCCAAAUUGAUAUUGAUAUUAAUCAUAAAUCAAGAAAAAAAGUUUAUUUAUUUUGCUUUUGAACGAUUUUUAACGCUGUGUUCGAAGCUAUUUCAAAAUUGACGCGUAUUUUUUUUAAAUGGGCGAAUUUAAAUUUCCGUGAGCCGUUGAAAAUGGGUCUUACAACGAUUUAUUUUGACAUUUCACGGUGACUUUUACGCGCGUAAUCUAGAUUUUGAAACAAUUUGGAAGUUUCCAACCAAAGUUCAAAGCCGCACGUAAAAGUUACCGUAAAAAGUGUCGUGAUAUACCGAUUUUUUUAAAAAAAGAAUCUCGGAAUUCCAAUUUUACCAAUCAUUUAAAACGAACGCGCCAAUUUUUCGAAAUUUCUCUGGGCACGAUUUUUUUCACGCCCUUUUUUUCCCAGAAUUUCAAACCUUUCAGUUCAAAUAAAAAAAUAUUAUACCAAAAAAAUUGAAACAAAAUGGCAUUUUAUCGGGUUCCUACGAGAGUUAAAAGUGCACUGGAAUUUCAAAAAAAACUAAAGGGACUUUAAAAAUUUUUUACAAAACUGCUCAACUUUUUUGAGGCAGUUCUUGGGCGGGAAAUAAAUUUUCUAGUUGCGCCAAGUGGUAAAAAAAACGUGUAGAACAAGGGAAAAUAGCUUUGAAAUUUAUUUUGGAAUGUUUUUUUCAAAGAAAAAAAUACUUUUUAAUGUUUUUUUCAAAGAAGCGAACUUUUUCAAAAAAAUGUUGGUUUUUGGACGUUUUUUUGGCGGAUCUCGUUUCUUGACCUUUUUUUGAAAUCUCCUUCCUUUAGAAAGAUUUUUUUAAUCUUAGUAACGCGUAUUGGGCCAAAUUUAAUAUUCCUGGGAAAUUUCACAAGAAUCGGAAUUGAUUGAAAAAAGAUAGAGUCAACUGUAUAUCCAAAAAUGAAAUUUUAAAGAAUUCUACACCUAUUUUUAUGCCUCAAACUUGAUAUUUUCGUUUUACCUAGGGUAAUUGCUGAUUCACGGCUGGCUUGAGCCAUCGAGAAAAGGGUCCUGCCACGAAAAGAGACGAGACAGUGCCCUGGCUAGUGGAGAGUGCAGACAGGCCACGCCUUUUUGCGUCCCAAGCUGUGAAUCGUCUUUAAUGUCAAUUUCCAGACGAGAACACCUUCGCGAGGUCCAAAAAAGGAACCGCGACGUGGCCGAUAUCGUCAGAGAGGCUCAGAAAGAGGGAUUCGAAUUCAAAUUCUUGGAAGGUCUUGAUUCGAUGCACCAGUCGCAGCAUAUCAGUGGUGAAUACUGAUUUAAAAAAAAGCGAAUAAAAGAAAAAUUUUAUGGGAAGUUAUGCCCUUAAAUUUCUAAUAUUUUUCCUUUUUUUCUUGAAAUUUUUCGAUUUUUCGCAAUUUAUUAUUUUUUUCCUUGAAACUUUUUGAUCUGUUGCAUUUUUCUAUUGUCUUGGGAUGAUUGAAAAAUUGAUAUUUGAAGAUUUUCCACUGAAAAUUCAUGAUAAAAUGCCAAAUUUUCUUCCAGAAACCGUCUACCAAGGGAUGAAGUCCCUACAGGAGCGCUACGAUUUCCUGAAACCCGACGAGGAGAAAAAUGAGGAAGAUGAUGAUGAUAGUCUCGACGAGGAGUACGAGAUUCCGAGCAGUACGAAUGAGGAAAACGCCUGGGACGAAGAAGGAUGGGAGCACUUGGAGAAUAACGUAUAUUUUAGCAGAAAUCUUGUAAAAAUAACAUUACAGCUCUUUUUUUGUGCAUUUUUGCACAUAGGCAUUUUUAGAUUGGUCCCUAUAGGGGUUAGGGAGAAAAGAGCCACUAUAGUGGCCGAAAAGUGGUCCCUAGAGGGGUUUAGAGUCUGGUCCCUUGGCACCUAAGCGGUCUCUAAAGGGGUCUUUCAAUUCCCUUCAAAAAAGGUGAUUUGUUCCGUUUUUCCCCAUGGAAAUUACCCUCCUUUAAACUCUGAUCUAUCUUAUAAACUAGAAAUUUCCUUACGGUUCUUCUCUCGAGAAGUUUUUAUUAGAUGCAAUCUUAGCUUCACUUCAUAUCAUGACAGAUUAACUCAAGUCAAUGUUCUUCCGCUUUUUCAACGUCGUCUUCUUCUUGAUAUAUUCUCUCUCCAUAAAAUUGUUUUUAAAAUUGAUCAUUUUCCAUCAAUUGACAACUUUAUUUCCUUCUCUCGGCUAGGUAGACAUCCACUUCGGUUACAAACUAGGGGCUCAUUAUCAGAUAACUUCUUUUCGCGUCAUAUAACUCUUUGGAACUCAUUAAUAACCAAAUUAAAUUUUUCGUGCCACCCCAAAACUUUAAAAGAUAAAUUAUCUAGGAUAGCUGUUAGCGAACUUAUUAUCAACUUCCCCAAUCGUCUUUUAUAGUUUAUCAUUUUUUUUUUGUUCUUCUAUUUUGCGAACGGUCGCCAUGCUGCUCGUUAGGGCACCAUAUGACCUUCUUAGCUUUGUUGUCUGUCCAAUGUUAUAUUAUUUCCUUUCUAUCUGUACCCUAAUUAUUUGCGUUGUUCUGACAAUCUUCUUCUUCUUCCUACGCCUUUGUACCGCUUGAGCGGCGUCGGCGCCCCAAGUCGAUUAGCCGAGGUCCUAUCCUGAUAAUCAGUGGACUGGCUCGAGUGACAUAUCCGUCCUUGUGUGUGACGGCUGGGGAUUUUGAAGUCGUGGUUUCCCACUACCAACUUUUCUUAAACCCCUUGGUUGGGUCGGGGCGGGGAUCGAACUUGUGACCCUGUGGACCGUAGACAGGCACACAACCUGUUGCGCUACGGCGCGCCCAUUCUGACAGUAAAGAAAUAAAUAAAAAGGAAUGCUUCGCGUAGAGUUCAUAAAAUGUCCCCUAUAGGGGCCACUAUCUAGAAUCUCUAUAGGGGCCAUUUUUAAAAGCUUUAGUAGCCCCCAGAGAGGGCUCUCCAAGAGCCCUUAGGGUUGCCCCUAUAGGGACCACUCUGGAGAUCCAAAGAACUUUAAACCUUUACAUACGUGGGAGUGGUCCCUAUAGAGGUCUUUCAAUUUCAUUCAAAAAAGGCUAUUUGUUCAGUUUCCCCCAUGAAAUGCUUCUUCGUGUAGAGUUCAUAAAACUAACAUGUCCCCUAUAGGGACCACUUUUGCAAGAUUUAGUGGCCCCUAUAGGAUUUGGUGAAGUAGCCUCAAGUGAGACCCCCUAUAGGGAUCCUUCUGGAGUUCCCUAGUAUGUAAAGGUUUGAAGUUCUUGAGAACUCUAGAGUGGUCCCUAUAGGAGCUACCUUAGGGUUCCUUGGAGGGUUCCUCUCUAGGGACCACUUCACCAACCCCUAUAGGGUCCCCUAAAGCUUGCAAAAGUGGUCCCUAUAGGGAGACAUCUUAUGAACUCUAUCAGAAGAAGCAUAUCCAUGCGGAAAACUCAGUAAAUAAAGGUUUUUUUUGGGUGAAAAAUAUCAACAUAAGAUAAACUGAUCAAGUUUUAAGAGACCCCUAGAGGGACCAUUUUUUUUUGACUUUUAUAGGAACUGUUUUCCCCCCAACCACUAUAGGGACCACUCUGCAAUUUCCAAGUUAAGUGUUUUUUUUUUCGAAGUUAUGACAAAUCCCAGAACAACGUGAUCUCUUCUUUUUUCAGCCAACUGAAGAAACAAGGCCAAGCCUUCAAUCGACGAGAAAACUCGACGUGGACGAUUCUGAAGCGCCACGUCAACGAAAAAACCAAAAUGUGAACAUUUACGCCGACGAGGACGAUGGUACCAAGGAGGAGUUUGAAGGUUUGUCUUGAAUUUUGAGAUAAACGGUCUUUCCACCUGAUUUUGCAACUAUUUUUAUGGUAUUUAUUUUUUUACCUGUAAAAUUUUGUACCAGAGACACUGUCAGGUGUCUUUUUGAAUAUUCUAAGCUUUUAAGUGGCCACUAAAGGGGUUUUUUUUAGUUUUUUAAGUGAUCACUUGUUAACGUUUUACACUGUAACAUAAGCGCCAGGUGUCGUUGAAGAUUUUGAGUUUUCAAGUGACCCCUAAAGGGGUUUUAGAGCUUCUCCAGGGUUCACUUGGAAGCGCAGAGACUUUUAGAUGUCUGAGACCUCAUUUUCGAAUUCUCUGAACAGGAUGACCUGAUUAAUCAACUCAGAAAUUUGUAACAGAGAUUUAUCACAGUAUAAAAAUAAGCUGCAAAUGUCUUUUCGGACGAUUUUGAGCUCUCAAGUGGCCCCUAAAGGGGUUUUUAGAGCUUCUUCAGGGUUCACUUGGAAGCACAGAGCUUUCUCUGUAUCUGAGACUUCAUUUUAACUCAUAUAAAAAGUAUCAUCUAAUUUUUUUAUAUUUUAUAUUGAACUUUCUAAAAAUCCUUUGAUUUCCUCAGAAUGGCGCCAGCAGCAAGGCCCACAGUUCCGCGAGCAAAUCCUCAAGCACAAGGACGACCUCAGAGCCAAGUACGAGCAGGAGCACGACGAGGAGAUCGGCCGACUCGAGCAGCAGAUCGCCGAGAUCACCUCUCUGCAGAUGACUUUCUCGGAAAAGGUACAGGAUUCUCCUAAAUUUUUCAAGACCUGAAGAGACCCUAGAGAAGCAGAGAAGCUUUUCCUCGGCGUUUAGUGGAGUUGAAUGGAAAAAUAACCUCGCGCUACAUGUACAAUAAUCUAGAGAGCACUGGAAAUCGGAGUGACAGCAGAGAAGCAGAGACCUGCUAGAGAUAGUUGAAGCCUGAAGAGAUCCCGGAGAGUCAAAAAAAACCUCUCGACGUUUUUUACAAUGAAACUAUAGCCAAGUACAGAAAUUAGGAUCCCAUGCUUAAUCUCCACUAGUUAGAGAGUGCUGGAAAUCGGAGAGACAGCAGAGAAGCAGAGGCAUCUUAUUAUGUGACUUUUUUCAAAGCUAGAGAUAGUUUAAGCUUGAAGAGACCCCAGAGAGGCAGAGAAACUUUCCCCCGACGUUGAAAAAAAGAGCCUUGCGCUCCAUUUACAAAAAUCAGGAUUGCAUGCUUAAUCUUCAAAAGUUAGACAGUGCUAGAAACUGAAGAGACAUCAGAGAAGCAGAGAAAUCUUUUUACCUGGCUUUCUUAAAAGCUAGAGAUAGUUGAAGUCUGAAGAGAUUCUAGAGAAACAAAGAAACUUCUUCCGACGUCUCUCUACAGUGAAAAUUAACCACAGUUUACAUGGCACUCCUACGAGUUCAAAGCUAGAGAUAAUUGAAGCCUGAAGAGACCCUAGAGAUGCAGAGACAUCCACGUAGAUUUGCGCUAUGUUUGAACUUCCGCACGGCCAUUUUUGAGAAAAAAAUAUGUUAUUUUUCCAGGUUCUCGACCAGGAACGCGAUAUCGAUCUGAUCAACGAUUUGGCCCUGCACACUACGGAGAAUAUUGUCGAUGGCAAUGAGUGGAUCAGAAAGGUUUGAAACAGUCUGACGUGUCUGGGCCCUCUUCUCCCUCGUAAAAUAGGAAAAUAGCGCGUUAACAGAAGAGCGUCGUUAGUGACAAACAGUUGAAGAAAGUCAAGAUCACGGCGGUUUUCCAGGCCAUCAGCAACUCGGCGAGCCGACGUGUCAUCAUGCUUUUCGCCCUGAUCGUCCUGACCUUUACCUUGCUUUUUAUCGAUUGGUUCGUCCCGAUCUGAUCAACUUAUCGAUUUUAUCCCUUUUGCAGGAUCAAGGCGUGA